UUAUGCCCUACAGGCGGUUUUAACAAUCUUUGCGUGCAAUAUAGUGAGGUGGAUAUACCUGGCUUUAAUAAAUAAGAUGAAGAAGAUUUGGGUUAUACGGUUUGAUGCGUCGUCUGUAUCUCACUUCUAAUACAGAAGAGGCCAGUUGGAUCUGAAGUCAACAAUUUUCAAUGUUAUGGAUGAACAAUUUCUAGGUGGCUGAUGUUGUGUGGAUGGUGGAUAAUAUUUUGUCUUUCCAGCUGAUGUCAUAACGAUCUAAAUUCAAAUGUAGUGUGUUGUUUAUAAAUUUGUCAAUCAAUUCACCCGUCAGAAUGGGACUGUCAAAAAAACUAACUCCAACAAUACAGAGAAGUGAAUCGAUAGCCAAUGUGGAUUUUCAGUGGAGUACUCAGUCUUAUACUCUGCGGGAAAUAAUUUCUAAAUUCAAACUGCCCUGUGUUGUCCAGUGUUCGGCAGAUUCCUGUUCAGUUCUUUGGUCAAAGUUUCAUUUUGAUCUAAAACAGCCAUUACUUUUAUAUACUGUAAGAUCAGUGAGUAAGAUAUAUGCUAGAACAGUUCGACCAGAUAAAACACAAUCGGAGUAUAUUGAAUUUGGACCCCCAUUAGUUAUACCAGAGGAUUAUGAAGGCUGGUUUGGUAUUGUGAACAGUGAGUCCGAUGCUUUACCACGUCACACCAAUGUUGAACAAGUAGCUGAAAGUGAUGGUGAUUAUUUUCUGGCAGCUACACGGGUACCUGCGUUUAUUAUGAGCAGCGUAGAAAGUAGUGGGGUAUUAGAACAUCAUUAUCUUAAACCAGGAGAUGUUUUACGUAAAGACGGUUUUGUGAAUGGACCUUUAGAUGCUCCUAGUCAUAAUCAUUUUGCAGCAAAGGAUAAACACCACCUGAGAUGUACUGACAGCAAGGAGGAGGAAUACAUCAUUCCCUUCUCUCAUCGAGGAUUGUUUUAUGACGUGAAUAAAGAUAUUAACAGUGAAGCCCCAGGUGUGGUUAACACGACACAACUUAUGGAAACGGGUGGUUCUAUUUUUCCGUUAACAUUACGUCAUAUACAGGGCGACUUGCCGGCUUUAAACUAUUCCUUCACGGGAACUAUUCAGUGUGAUCAUAUUUUUUCAGAACAGACAAUUCUGGCGUGUUCCAUUGACGCCGAGUCCCCAAUUCCAUUAGAACUCGAAUGUAAAUCAAAAAUACGUUUUUCCAUAGCUCUAAAUGAAGUAGAUUUUAAAGUUACUAGCGAGUAUACACGAGCAUUUGAUUUCUGCAGUAACAGAAGUGAAAAGUACGCAAAAGCAAUCAAAAUAUCAUUUACCCUUAAACCCGAAAUGUCAACCUUAGAUGGACUCGACUUUUCUUUAUAUGAUAAUGGGAGUGACAUAGAGGAUGUUGAUGCCCAAUCUGAAUUUGACUUUGAUUGGGGUCCAGAAAAUGGAGAAUCUAAAGAAGCAUUAGAGGCUCUUGUGCAAUCGAAAAAGAAAAGUGCUUCAAAUCUGUCAGACGUUGCUACACCAGAUGAUGACAGUGUUGAUAUGGGAUCACCUUAUGAGCUGGAACAAGAUUCCGAUAAAAUUGUUAUCAAAAAAGCCGCGGCGUACACUGCUAGUACCGAAAGCCAAGAUUCGGUUUUAGACCAGGAUGUGACUGUAGAUUCUUCUCUUUUUGAAGACAGUAUUGACGUUAAUGAGGUAUCUGUUGAAAAUAAAAACGGUACUUUUGAGAAUUCGAUAUCUAUGGCAGAAGACGAGAGCACCGUUGAGAAUUCAAUAAUGCUGAAAGAUGACGGUAACACCACUGAUUCAGAUUGUGAUACAAGCCAGCGUGCAUCAAAUCAGGACAAUAUAAAUAUAGAAUAUAUUGGAAACCUUAGCAAAGCAACAUUUCCUGGAAGAUUGUUAAAAGAUGAAAUCACUAGGACUAGCAGUGGUGUAGACGAGAAGGGUUCCACAAACAGCCUUUUUGAAGAUUGGGGACCUGUAAUACCAACGAGACAGAAAAUAAAACCAGUGAAGAAUAAGAACGAAACACUCGUAUUAAAUAGAGCAGCACCGCGAAUAAUUGAUGCAGCUAACAAAGAAAUUAACGAUAUAGAAAAAGGCAUGAAUGCCAAUGGUAAUUCCGAUUAUGAUGAAGUGGAUUCAGAUACGGAUACCAUGUGUUCGGACAUUAAUGAUAAGUGUAUUGUUGAUGUAGAUAAGGAUGUUUCUGGUCGUCUAACAUCCUAUCGUUCACUGAGUUCUUUGGAUAAAAUUGACGACGAAGGGGCAGAACUUGACCUACUGGUGUGCGCCUCGGGCGACAUUAUUAGUCUGUCAGACGAAGACGGCAGUGUUUUGGGUAAUAAGCACUUAAAUCGUUCAUUUAGUAGUGAUAAUGAUUUUGUAGACAAUGACGGCACAAACAGUUCUGUUUCAGAAUCGGCAUUCAUUCUUCCAAACGGGUAUAUACAGAACAGUGCGUCAACGGAUUCGGUGACUGAAAUUGAGGAGAACAGUGAUUCAUCAGAAGUAUUAGAGGAUUUUCGGGAGAUUUUGGAACUAGACUACGAUGAUGGUCGUUGUAAAAAUGAAUCAGUACUAAAACGUAAGCCAGUAGUGAAAAUCCGUCACGGUAUGAAAAAACAAGCUUUGGUUAUGGACAUGUCACUGGAAGAAGCUGCUGUGUGAUUGAAAUACGACUUUCUGGUAUGAUUCGCUGUAAUGUGUGAUAAUUGGUGUAGGUCCAGUGCAUCAUUUCUAGGUGUGAAGCAAUUGUUGACAGACUGCCAUGUCAUGAACAACAUAUAUACGGAUAUGCUUUAUGGUAUUUUCUAACAUAUAAACUUGCAAGUAACAUAAUUUCAUAUAAUAAUGUAUACUUGUUUAUAUUUUAAACAUAGCCAACUAUUUAAUUUGUUCUGUUUGUAUAUUGUGUUAAAUGAAAUAAAGCAAUAUUUUUUAAAACUUCUAUUUUCCAAAUCUAGAGCAUUUAGGACCAAUAGUUUAAAAGAGUUUCCUCACUUGAAUGAAACACGUUAUUAUAUGAUACAAGGAAGUUCUGUCUAAAACAAUACCACCUAUACACUGUUAGAAAUGGGUGUAAUUAAAAACUAUACGUAGUGUUACUUAAGAGUAAAUUUGACACCACAACUAGCGUUUUUAACUUGUAACACUUUUGCAAGGGUAACCAGUUAAAAGAGCUACACCCAACAAGUGUAACCGAUAUUCAUGACCACUGAACACCUGGAUAGGUGUAAUUGUGGGGUGUUUUGGAUAAUCUAUACUGCAUUUACACCAAAGGGUGCAACUAUUAAUGGGGAAUAUAUCCUACAACAGUGUUAAUUUUACACCAUUUAUUGGGUUGCAAAAGAGUAAUCGAUAUUCAUGAGUACUGAAUACGAGGAUAGGUGUAAUUGUAGCCGCUAAAGGGUGUAUGUGGUGAGCUACACUUCUACAAGUGUUUUAUUGCAUUUGCAUUUAGGGAAACAUUCCUCCGAAUAAAGUGUCAAUUUUCCACUGUAUCUUGCGUUACCAAAGUCUCUGUGUACUCCAAUUUGAGUGUUUUUGUAAAAUAUAGCGUUAAUUGCACAGGUAUAACCCAUUUUAUAGUGUUUGCUCGUAACGAAUAUAAGUCUUCCAGAAUAUUAUCAUGUAUAAUAAUCUUAAUACAUUUUUAAUAACGCCUCAAGUAUAGAUUAUGUUAGCUUGUUUAAACUUAAAGACGUGUAAAUGUUCCAAAAUAUUACCAAGUACUAUAUCGUAAUUAAUUAUUCUUAAUUCAGAUGAGGUGCAUAAAUGAAUAAACCACAUUAUUCAGUUAAGUUGUAAGGGUAUGUGUAUUGAUUUUUCCUUAUGAUUUAUAUUUAUUGUAAAUUGAUACUGAUUGUCUAAUUGCCCAACAGCAGUUGAAUUUGAAUUAGUCUGCUUGACAUUUGUCAGUUUAAUGCAAUCUGUUUCACAAGGGAUUACGAAAGUCUUCUAAUAUCUCUGUAAAAGAUGACUACAUUCAACACGUGACGUCUCAUCACGCGGCGUCAAUCAUUGGCUCAAUGGCGCGUGCAUUGUUCACAGAACACCUUACUGGUUCGGGCUGAAUGGAGCCUUUUACUCAUUUUAAUACCCAUUUACACUCAAUAGGAAAUAAUUUUUACCUACAAAUACGUCAAACGUCUUUAUUUAUUUUUCUAAUACAUAAAAAAAAUGUUUUAGAAUUUAAUUUGUCGGAGGAAAAAAGUUAAUAUUAAUUGUGGCUCAUUAAGUCGCAUCGCGCCGCGUGAUGAAAAGUCACGUGUUAGAAGACUUUUGUAAUCCUCUGUGAAACAGAUUGAUACUUUAUAUGGGAUCUACGACGAAGCUCAUUUGUAUACGUAAAAAAGCCCAGGCUAGGACGGAAAUUAAUAAUGUACGCGAUCAAUCUACAAGGUCAAGAUCAGUAGAAGGGGGCGUUACUCAUAUUUACAGACCUUCGGAAAACGAUCAAUGAAAUAAAAUGAAAUGGGGUUUAACGUCCUAUUAUUCUGCUCUGACUGGGCUAAUGAAAACGGGCAUACGCCAUGCAGUGUGCUAUUUGGGAAAAUCUGCCCGGACAGCGGCGCUAUAUACUGCCAAUGGAUCUUUUACGUGCACAGUAAUGUGUACACGGGACCUCGUUUUUUUGUCCCAUCCGAAUGAAUAGACAGUUGUCCCUGUCAGGCCAUCCGUCCUGCAUCACUGAUAAGGGGAAAGAAAAACAAUCAAAGUCGGGUGGUACGAAACUCUAUUAAAUGACGGGGGUGGGUGAUAUUUAAAGUAAACAUACAUGUACCAGUCUUAAUACGAAUUCUAGAUAUCAUGUUGCGUAUCACUAAAAAGCAAGUUAUUUCUCUUUUCAAAUUUAUAUUUACAUACUUUUAAAAAAUGAAAUGAACUGAAAUGAAAUUGUGUUUGACGUCUUACUGUUCUGGUCCGACCGGGAUAAUGAAGACGGACAUACGCCAUACAGUGUACUAUAAGGGAAAUUUUGCCCGGGCUGUGGCACUAUGGCCUAUUUUUAUAUCGAAUUCCAACUUCCAAGGGAUCUUUUACGUCCAUGACAAUGUAUAAACGGGAAUUCGGUUUUUCGUAACAUCCGACCCUCUUUCUCCCUACUUUGAAAAAAAGUGUGUGUGUGUGGGGGGGGGGGGGGGUAUGAAGUAAAAAUGUGGGGCUUAUCGAAGGUUCGGAUUUGGCAUACCGAGCGCACGAUUUCACAGAAGUCAUGGUCAUCCAGCGAAUUCCUUAUUGCAUGCUGGCUUGAUUCGCUCUUAUUGCAUGGUGAGCUGAUUUAUUAUAUGGUGACUUAUUGCAUGCCAGUUUGAUCUCUGCCCAUUGACCUUGUAGAUCGAUCGCGUAAAUUGUUAAUUUCAGUCCUAGUCCGGACUUUAUUCCGUAUAUGCAAAUGAGCUUCGUCGUAGAUCCCAUAUCAGGUAUAUGUUCUAAUACGCCAAGUUCUAUUAUGCAUUUGUCUAUUUAAAUACAGAAUGUAAUGUGCAAAAUAACUAUUAUACUGUAUUUUGUAUUAUUGAAAAGUGUAGGCCCCUGUACUUUGUAUUUACUGUGACAAUGGUAUUGUGGAGGAAUAAAAAUAGCAAUUUGUAAAACUAAAAUACGUAUUUUGAACUGCUGACAUGUUCAGUUUGUACCGUGAACAUUGAAAUAAUAUUGGCAACGUUAUCCUUC